AUGCACAGCGGCCUGUCUAUGUCGACGGCUAACGCCAACGGCCACGGCAACACCAAUGGGCAUCCUCACCAUCACCAUCACCACCGAAACCGAGAUGGGGUAGCUGGGAUCGGCGACCCGCGUCAGGACGGCCGAAGCGGCGGCGUCGGCGGCGGCGUCGGCGGCGGCGGCGUGCAAAGGCAAGAGCCUCCCAACACCCCGGGAAGCAACCGCAAGGGGCACGACGAGGAGGAGACCCUUCUUCGCGGGGUGGGCGACCUGCUGACGCGCGCGCGCCGCGGGGUGAACUCGUACUUCUCCGCCCUCGCGAGAAAGCAGAGGAACGUGGCGAGGCAGCAGAGGGAGCGCGCCCGCAGGAAGUCUUCGUCGUCCAACAACUGCGACUUCCUCGUGGAGGCCGAGGAGGGGGUGGGCCUCCUCUCCAUCGCCGGGGGCGGGACCGAGAGCGCCGACGCGACUAAGGCAGCGGCAGCGGCGGCGGCGGCGGCGGCGGCGGCGGCGAACGGGGGGCCCCUCCACCGGUCCCAGAGCGCGGUCUUCGUGCCCUCCAGGCCGGACCAGCAGGCGGCGGACGCGUCCAGCGCGACGUCAGCGUUGGAGACGAGGAGUGCCGGCGUGGUGACGGAUGUGGGGGAGCUGCGGGACGUUAGCGAGAUGGAUCCUUUCCUACGGGAGGAAGUGGAGGGCGUCGAUGCCAGGGCCGGGCGGGCCGGGCUGACGACGGGUGAUCUGGUUCGCCUGUACCGCGAGGAGGAGCAAGGGGCCGGGGAAGACUCGGCGCAGGACGAGGAUCGGGAGCGGUUGGGGUCGUCCCAGGGGAAGAGCCUGGGGGGCAGGCGCUUCCGGUGGGGCCUUUCCCGGAAGGCUGCGGCGAAAGCGACUCAGGUGCCGCAGCUAAUGGACCGCAAGAGCAACGUGGAGCAGCUCAAGAGGGACAGAGAGCAGUGGGCGGACCACGGGUUCAAGGUGCUCGGGGUGGAGAUCGGACACCUGCCUCCGACCCAGCAGGUUGCGCUGCUCGUCGGCGGCGUAUUCUUCUUCCUGCUCAUCUACGGGUACAUGCAGGAGUACCUCGUCGUGAAAAUCUUCGAACGCAAGUUCGGGCUGUUCAUGACCUUCCUCCAGUUUUUCGGUUACGCCACCUGCGCGGCGUUGCGGAGAGGAGUCCACCGCGAGACGGUCCGGAAGGUCCCGCUGAGGACAUACUUCGGCCUGGGUUUCUUGCAGGCGGUGAUGCAGGGACUGACGAACGUGUCGAUGAUGUACCUCAACUACCCGGCAAAGGUCCUCUUCAAGUCGUCCAGAAUGGUGCCCAUCAUGUGCUUCGGGGUGGUGUGGCAGGGCAAGAGGUACUCGAUGAGAGACUGCCUCGUGGUUUGUUUCAUAGUUACAGGCUUGGCGACGUUCAUGAACGCGGAGACUCGGUCCUCGGCGGAAUCGGACACGCCGUGCAGCUUGCUAGGGAUUCUGUGUAUUUCGCUGGCGCUGGUCAUCGACGCAGCCAACAUCAACAUGCAGGAGGAGGUGAUGAACGGGUACGCGAGCUGCCAGGAUGAGCUGAUCAUGUUCUCGUACCUGUGCGGCACCGUGUACGUGGCGUCGUACUGCGUCUUCUCUGGAGAGCUGAUCUCUGGUUUCAUGUUUUUGCACGAAAAGGGCCCGCGCGCGUUCGUGGCGGUGAUGCUGUACUGCGGGGCCGGGUUCUUGGGAGGCAGCUGCGCGGUGGCGUUGACCAAGAGGUUCGGCGCGCUCCACUCGGCCAUCACGACCACGGCCCGAAAGGCGGUGACCUUGAUGCUCAGCUUCGCGUAUUUCCAGAAGGCCUUCACCCCGCAGCACCUCGUUGGGGCCACCGUGUUCAUGAUCGGCCUUAUGACCAAGAUGUUUGGGAAACAGAGCAAGUCCAGCGCACAAACGGGGAAGUCGGCCGAAAACUCUCCGGCCGCGACGCCGUUUAUUCAGCCGCACCACCGAAAACGCCUGAGCGACGCAGAGGCCGGCCAGUCGAGCUCGGCCGCACUCUCCUCGGGCGGUAGCGGCGGCGACCCCUGCAGCGGCGACGGCUACGGCGUUGUGCGCGGCAGCCACGCCGGCACGACCUGCACGCAAUCCCCCUCCCCGGUCCGGCAAGAGGGCCCCGCGUCCAUCGCGGGAGUCUCUGCGGGCUACCCGGUUAGGCACAGGGGCAACCCCAAGCUCGGCGGCAGCCCCGCCGCCGGCAGGGGGGGUGGGAUCGGGAGUGAGAGGGGCAGUGGACGCGCGGGCGGAGGUGGCCGGGGGGGGCACUGGGUAAGGCAAAAGCAGUUGUCCCCGCCACGAUCGCCGUUCCGCGCCAGGAUUGCUUCGCCCCCUGUGACGGGAUUGGGCAUGGUGGCAUGACAAAUGACGGUCCGAGCCCACGCGCGGGACGCCUUCCUUGGCUUGUAGGAAGCGGACCACCACCGCCUCCGCCGCCGCUGCUGUGUUGACAACAUUGUGUGUGGCUUUUGGUUCUUGCUCGGGUGGGGAGGCGAAGAGCUGGUGCAAGUUGGUGACCCCUGUCUCUCUGUUGUCGGUGACGCUUAUUGGCGAAGGGUUUUUGCGGUGGAGCCGCUGAAGCUCUCCCGUAGAAGCUAGCUUAGCAGCCAUAACAGGCUGGGCCUCCUCGCUGCUGCUUUGAGGUGCGUAUCCUGACGCGUUUGUGUGCAUUUGCGCAAAACGGCCGUAGUCGAAGUGGGGUCAACGAUGAGUGCGUGUUUCAUGUUUUUGACGACCAGCAGUUCUCGAGAAUACCCCAAGGUCUUUCCUAGAAGCAGGAGCGGUUUAACUAUUUGUUAUCUAAGCAAAAAGAGCAAAAAUUGUCGGCACUGUAUCUCGGAAAUUUUAUGUAUCUGCUAGGUGCAGUUUUAGAAUGCUACACAACAAGGGAUUUUUUUUCGUUCUUGAAGUCGUUUUUCUUAUUGAAAGUAGUGCCGAAGGGGUGUCGUUGAGUUUGUACCUGUAUGUAAAGCCUUCGGGCCUGUCAAACCAAAUUUGAAGGUCAAGUCUCUGAACGGAAAUUGCGACGGUCUUUGUAAGGUGUAUUCUGAGCUAUUUACCCGUUACGUUGG